UUCUGAUUUUAGAACAGCAAGACUGAUUAGUGCCAAUUCAUCCAACUGGACCCAUAUUGUUGGCUCAUUUGGCUACAUGGCACCAGAGCUUGCAUUGACAAUGCGAAUCACGGAUAAGUGUGAUGUGUAUAGCUUUGGAGUGGUGGCGCUGGAAGUUAUGAUGGGAAGGCACCCAGGGGAUUUGCUAGAAUCCCAGCUUUCAGAAUCAUCACAAUCAAUGAAGGAGGACAAUGCAAAGUUGCUUUUGAAGGAUUUGUUAGACCAAAGGCUGGAGGCUCCAAGCAAUGAAUUGGCAAAGGCAGUGGUGCUUGUGAUGAGUUUAGCCUUGGCUUGUAUACGUACGCGUCCCGGGUCUCGACCUACAAUGCUCUUUGUAGCACAAAAACUAUCAGCUCAUAUUCUGCCUUCCCUUCCUGAACCAUUUGGCAUGCUAACCAUCAACAAGCUGAUGGGGAUAUAAGAGAAAUUCUUAUACCAUGUAUGUUAACAUUAACAUCUGCACCGUCCAUUCUAAAAAAAUAAAAAUCUGCACCAUCCUAAUUACUCAUCUCUAUUCUUUUUGGAUUAUAUGCGUGACUCAUUUACUAGCAAUCCCUUUUUUUGUUUU